AUGAUUACUCCAUCGAUUGUUCCUGUUGUGCUGGACUCACCCGAGAGUUUUACUACUGCCCUCUCUCAAGAAACUGAUGGAAUAAUACUGAUCGGAUCUGCAUUGACUCCAUUGCUUACUGCCACUCCCCUCCAGGCUCUGUUUGCAGCGUAUCCCAAUGCUCUUGCAACCAUCACUGCCCACUUUGCUGCUGAUGCAUCUGCUGCCAAGCAAUCCUCUGCCCAGUUGAUUGUUGUUCCUGGACUUCCUGCCAAUCGUCUGGUUUUGGCUCCAGUUGUUUCUAUUCUCGGUGAUACUGACGAUGUUCGUCGUUACAAUGACGCUGCUCGGGCUGCUAUUGCUCGUGCUUGCUCAGCUGGCAUUCGUUGUCCAACUAUCUUGUUGUUUGACAAUCCCAUCACUGCUUCUGCUGGCAGUCCUUUUGCUGCUCGGGUUGCUGUAGAUUAUAGUAUGUACUUGAAAGUCACUCUCUUGGGUAUCCUGUAUGAGAUUUACCAACCCCUCCAAACCCGAGAGCAUCUUGCUCAAAAGGCAACUGCCAGCAGUGCUGCUCUCUCGGUAGCCUAUUUUGCCGCUGUUGGAACUCCACUACCCGAAUUGAAGCAAGCGAUCCAAUGGGCACUUGCUACGGAUCAUGGUCGUUGUAUUGCUCGUGAUAUUGGUGGAUCUGAUCCUGAGCGUAUGGCUCCUCUGCGUUGUGCACAGUAUAUUGAGAAUGCAUUCAAGGGUGUAGAAAACAUCAAAGUUACUGUUGUCCGCGAUGUCGAUUUGAUCAAAAAAGAAUAUCCUUUGCUGCAUGCCGUGACUCGUUGUGCUCUCGCAGUGCCCAGCCAUUUCCCUGCCGUUGUGCGUCUUGAAUACCAUUCUCCAGAUCCCUCUAAAGUCAAGGAAAAUCUUUUUCUUAUUGGAAAAGGUGUAACCUACGAUACAGGUGGUGCUGAUAUCAAGCACGAUGGCGCCAUGCGUGGGAUGUCGCAUGACAAGUGUGGUGCUUCUGCAUGCGCUGGAUUCAUGAAGACGGUAUCGCUUUUCAAACCCACUGGUGUCAAUGUUAUUGCUACACUUGGAUUUGUUCGCAACAGCGUCGGUGCUGCCAGUUAUGUUUCAGACGAGAUCUUGGUAAGCCGUGCUGGUGUCCGUGUUUUGGUUGGCAAUACGGAUGCUGAGGGUCGUAUGGUUAUGGCUGAUCUACUUGCAGAGGCCAAAGAAAAUGCACUGUCUGAUCGAUAUGCUGCCAUUCCAUCCAGGCUACUCACUGUUGCAACACUCACUGGUCAUGCUUAUAUGGCUACAGGUGAAGGUUACACGCUUUCUUUAGACAAUGGUCCUGCUCGUGAAGGUGCAGUAAGCGAUCGCUUGUUUAAAGCAGGGCACGCCAGUGGAGAUCCAUUUGAACGGUCAUCUCUGCGACGUGAGGAUUUCAAGUUUAUUGUUCCAACCUCGUCUACUGAGGAUGUGGUGCAAGCCAACAGUCUUCCUUCUACUCGUACUGCGCGUGGUCAUCAGUAUCCAGCUGCAUUCUUGUCUGUGGCUUCUGGAAUUGUUGAGCAUGGACUAGAUUCUUUGCACCCCAUUUCAUAUACACAUGUGGAUAUUGCUGGCAGUGCUGAAGAGUCUCUUGGUGGACUGAGUCUUUCCAGAGCCACUGGGGCUCCUGUAUCUGCAUUGACUACAGCAUUUCUUUAACCCAUCAUAACUGUAUGAAUUUUUUAAAAAAGUCCAAGUUUAUAAACCACCUAUGAGCUGG